AGCAGCACCUGGAUCACAGCAAAGUUUCUGUUUGAGAAAUACGCGUUCGCUCAGCAAAACAAAAACAACCUUUAAAGGUUGCUCUCUGUGGAAAUCACUCCAUGCCCCAUUACCUGCUUGAGUGAAACCGGACCAAGAACCUCUUGUCAUGGCAGCUUUUCUGCUGGGAGCUGUGUUGCUUAUUGUUCAGCCUCACAUAGUGCCUUCCAGACCGGCUGUGAAUUCAAAGGCUGAGACCUCUUCUCAGUCUGUUCAGAGAGAGCUUUUAAAGAAAACAUCUCAGAAAAAUGACUUCAAGGAAAACAUUCAUUCUAAUGGAUCGCGCCAGCAGCUGCCACAGACUAUCAUUAUUGGAGUGAGAAAAGGGGGAACGAGAGCUUUGUUAGAGAUGCUGAGCCUCCAUCCAGACAUCGCGGCAGCAGAAAGUGAAGUUCACUUCUUUGACUGGGAAGAUCAUUACAGAAACGGAUUGCAGUGGUAUAUUAAUCAAAUGCCAUUCUCUUAUCCCCAUCAGAUCACCGUGGAAAAAACUCCAGCAUAUUUCACAUCACCGAAAGUGCCUGAAAGAGUUUAUAACAUGAACCAAUCAAUGCGAUUACUUCUGAUUUUAAGAGACCCAAGUGAGAGAGUUCUAUCAGACUACACCCAAGUGUUUUAUAACCACAUGCAGAAGCACAAGCCGUAUCCAUCCAUUGAGCAAUUCCUGAUUAAAGAUGGUGAACUCAAUGUGGACUACAAGGCAAUAAACAGAAGCUUAUAUUACAUUCACAUGCAAAACUGGUUGAAGUAUUUUCGUCUUGAUCGCAUCCAUAUUGUAGAUGGGGAUAAACUAAUCAAAGAUCCCUUUCCAGAAAUAGAGAAGGUAGAGAGAUUUUUGAAGUUAUCGCCACAGAUAAAUGCUUCAAACUUUUACUUCAAUAAAACCAAAGGCUUCUAUUGCCUAAGGGACAGUGGUAGGGAACGUUGUUUACAUGAGUCCAAAGGACGAGCGCACCCACAGGUAGAUACCCGGUUACUUGAGAAACUGCAUGAAUAUUUCCAUGAGCCCAACAAGAAAUUUUUUGAGCUUGUUGGCAGAACAUUUGACUGGCACUCAUUUGUGGCAAGUUAGUGGUAAGCUUCAGAACCUAUGUUCCAAUGUACAUUUAGAAAUUUUAAAAAGGGCAUUUAAGCUAUAAUUUAUUUGUAAAAUCCAUAAAUAUUUCUGUACAGUAUUAGAUUCACAAUUGCCAUAUAUACUAGUUAUAUUUUUCUACUUGUUAAAUUUGAAAGCAUUUUGUAUUGUUUUUCAUGGUUGUUAACAUUGUGUAUUAUGUGUCUAUAUGAAGAAACUAAAAUAUUUCACUGCAAAA